AUGGGAUCUACUCCUGGCAUCGUGGAUAAUUACAUUCCAGGAUUCAGAGAUGAACUUGAAGAGUUCAGAAUUCCAAAGAUUAAAAUCUCUUUCGGGCUUUCUGUUACAAGUGUUUUGGAUCAACUAGGAAUGCGUUCGAUUUCAUUGUACCAUAAAGCUUGCGUGGAGAUCGAUGAAAAAGGUGCUGAAGCUGCGGCUGCAACUGCUGAUGAUGACGAUCAAGGUUUUGCUCUUGAUAUGGAGCCUCCUAAGAGGAAAGAUUUUGUGGCUGACCAUCCAUUUAUUUUCUUGAUUCGAGAAGAUAAAACUGGCACCAUUUUAUUCUUUGGUCGGAUCUUUGAUCCUUCAGAAACUUGUUCUUGA